UCGAGGGGAGAGGCAGCCGCCGCGAUGGACGUGUUCCUCAUGAUCCGGUGCCACAAGACCACCAUCUUCACGGACGCCAAGGAAUCCAGCACGGUGUUCGAGCUGAAGCGCAUCGUCGAGGGCAUCCUCAAGCGGCCUCCUGACGAGCAGCGGCUGUACAAGGAUGACCAACUCUUGGAUGAUGGCAAGACCCUGGGCGAGUGUGGCUUCACCAGUCAAACAGCACGGCCACAGGCCCCAGCCACAGUGGGGCUGGCCUUCCGGGCAGAUGACACCUUUGAGGCCCUGUGCAUCGAGCCGUUCUCCAGCCCACCUGAGCUGCCCGAUGUGAUGAAGCCCCAGGACUCGGGAAGCAGUGCCAAUGAACAAGCCGUGCAGUGAGGAUCCCCAAGAGGCCCAUUCCCCCCAAUAAAAGAGAUUUGGGAGUCAAAAAAAAAAAAAA